CGUAUUUCAUCAGUAAUCGGCAAUUCUUAUGACAUGUCGGGGGCUGACUGUGAAUUUGUCCAGCCUCACGAUGCCCCGGAUCCCGACACUUGUCCAGCUUCGGAGCAAACGGAUCAAUCCACUUCACUGCACCAAGACGAUCCCACACAGCAGAGCAUCUCAACUCAACUUUUAAACCAGACAUUUUCGGAGCAGUCUUAUGAGCCUACAAAUACAGAUCAGUCAAUGAACCCGGACAGUCUCUCCGAUGACUUCUGGGGCUUGGGACACGUAGCAAUGGCGGCACCCUGUGCAUCUGAUGCUGUAGCUGGAUCGAGUGUCCAUUCUAGCGCUCAUCAUGUUCCACUAACAAGUCACCGUUUGGGUUCGGCCGAUGAAAUUAUUGCUCAGGAAAAUUUCGCCUCUCUGGCCCAUGAUUUUUUCACGACUCGAUCGCCACUCCCUAAUGCGGGUUGGGAAUCGGGCCCUCAAUCCGUAGGGUCAGACCAUGGUAAUACGCAUAGCAACUCUGUCAAUCCCCCAAAGAUAGGCUCGCGCUUCUCUAGGGAAUCAUCCAAGCUGUUAAAACAGUGGUUUUUAAACCACUAUCAUUAUCCAUAUCCGAGUAAAGAAGAAAUGAAGAUGCUACAACACCAGACCGGUCUAUCCAAGACGCAGAUCAGUAACUGGCUCUCUAAUACCAGGCGGCGAGAAAAGAUGCACCACAGCACACAAUAUUCUCAGAAGGCAACGGCCGCAAUUGAUUCCAAUACACCGUCGAUAAAUAUCCCCAGACGACCCGAUACGCCGACAGUUGAGAAGAGGCGUAAUUGCCGCACCAUGGGACCUCUUGAACGCUGGGUUGACUCUCCUCCAGAGAGUGAGCCUGCAACGGUCACUGCUAUUGCCAAUGCAGUUCAAUGUGCUGAAUCAUCACAAUCUUGGCCAUUGUCGACGCCCAUAGAUGACGAGUCCGGCCAGUCUAUCAACGAAUCAUCAGACAACAGCUAUCGGACCUCGAGUGGUAGCUCACUUGCUUCAGCAUACUCUUAUGGUUCCAGUGACUCUGUUACGGGGGCUCCAGCUCUGAUACGUAGCAGGCCACGUCGAAAGCGCAAGCUACGGUCAAGACCGCACAGGUCUCGUGUCGGUAAGAUGCAGUAUCCUUUUCAAUGUACCUUUUGCGCAGAAACAUUCAAAACGAAAUACGACUGGCAGAGACAUGAAAAAACUCUUCAUAUACCUCUUGAACGAUGGCUGUGUUCCCCUGACGGACCGCGCGCCAUCAACCCCGAAACUGGCCGACCGCUCUGUGUAUUCUGUGGCGAAUCAGAGCCAACUGAUGGUCAUAUAAACAGCCACAACCCAUAUUCGUGCCAAGAACGAGUAUUUAAUAGGAAAGACCAUCUUAAGCAACACUUACACUUGGUACACAAGGCGAAGCUAGCAAACGCGGUGACAACCGGUUGGAAAACAUCUACCCCAAACAUUCGAUCACGCUGUGGAUUUUGCGAGAUUUAUCUAGAUUCAUGGGGUGAUCGGGUUGAACACUUGGCCGACCAUUUUAAAAUGGGCAAGACUAUGGCUAGCUGGACGGGUGAUUGGGGUUUUGAAGAUGCCAUCACAGAUACGCUUGAGGACGCCAUUCCACCUUAUCUCCUUGGCAAAGAGAGUACUAGCAUGUUUCCAUUCGAAGCAAGCGAUGUUUCUCCGGAAUCCCCUCGCACCGCGUACGAACUACUCGUCGUCGAGCUCUCGUGUUUUGUCGAAACAUAUCAGUACAAGGCCAGGCAGCUUCCCAGCCAUGACGCCAUGCAUAUCGAAGCCUGCCGCAUAAUAUUUGCCUCAGAGAUGUUGACGUUAGAAGUAGACGCCGAACCAUCAUGGCUGCGUGACCUAGUCUUGUCGAAUGAGACGAUUGCCACGCAAGCGCAGUUUCUUCCUAUACGAACACCGUCUGAGGGAAGGCUUCGAACCUUGGAGAUUAGGGGAAAGAAAUCGCUAUUCGAAGAUUGCCCUCUUGAGGCUCAACUUUAUAAUUUUGCCGUUACUGAGGCGAUGGCUAACCAGGCCGUCAUUUCCGACGAGAUACUACAGGCCGAGGCUUGUAAAGUAAUCACGCGAAUGCAACAAGCCUUACAGCUGCCCCUAACCGAUUUCGUUUUCACAUGGUUUAUGACAUUAAUUUACUCGUCGCCCACGAAUUGGCUCAACUCUUUUCGACAACGUUCGUCUCUUCCACUCACUGCAAGUGGUAGCACACCUGUAUCUACGAGCUUGGCCGGGCACUGGACUCCAGGAGUCACAUCUUGCGCAAUUCGCAGCCAUUUAUAUAUCGGGACUCACGAUUUUGGACCUCUCCGGCAAUCUAGCGGAGAGGCAACCAGCGACUCACAUUCGAUUGGGUUUAAACAUGCGCCAACAAAUGUCGGAGCUAACAUACCUUUAUCAUCGGAGUCAUUUGUUCCCACCAUGACCCCGUCGAUGAGCGAGGAACUCUUUGGCCACGGACAAGGAAGACAUUCCAGGGCAAUUGGUAGUCCUGAUCCGGAAGUGAGCAGUACAGCGUUUCUUAUGAAGCAUGUGGAUGGAGGUUCGCGGAGACAUAACGAUGGCCUUCAGACCGGGUCUUAUAUGUUCCAUGAUCCCAAUUUAUACAAGUGGUUAGGCCGGGAGUUGGGCCGCUGGGUUACCUCUAUUAUGUCUCCCAAUAACCCAAAUUCCCAUGUGCCGUCCGACGAGGAGAUUCAGCAUCAUGCUCGCUUUCUAGUGUAUGAUGAUGAUGAUCCGUGGAAUCAGACGGUGGCAGAUAAUCUAGAGUGGUUGCAUCGUUUCAAAAUUAGCGUUGGGAUUGUUAUAGAAUAGGGCUUGAAAUAUAAUUGAUCGAUAGAAGUAGC